AUGUCCGUCAGUGGCCCGUGUCUCUGGCUACCCUCUCCCGCUGCAUCUUCGCAUUACUCCGCCAUUCAGUCCCCAGCAUCAGCAGCAAACACUUGGCUCUCAGAACAGAAUCUCACCAGAACGCAACCGGAAAAGACAGAAGGUUCAGUGCUGCCGGCAGUCCCUUCUACCUUUUCCUCUACUACUAUCAACGCCCCAGUUCAAACAGAGUUGAUGCCCCCAAAACACGCAGACGAUCGCACUGUCCAAGCGACCACUGACGCUCCUCUCUCACGGACGCGUCUGGAAAGGUUCAACCGCAGUGAGCCGCUUCUGUCAGGUGUCAGUCAGGAUGCUGCCAGUUCAAGCCCGGCUACGCGCGAUUCUAGCUUGGAACGGAAGAGAAAACACUCAGACUCCCAUCUCCAUGACAAGGAUAUCGUGGAAGGAGUCAUGACUCCAUCGGAUGAUGGAGGUGAACGGCAGACUACGCCUUCCGAUGAAAAGCUCGAAAAGAAGAAGAUGAAGCGCUUCCGUCUCACCCAUAACCAAACCCGGUUCUUGAUGAGCGAGUUCACUCGUCAGGCCCAUCCCGAUGCGGCCCAUCGGGAGCGUCUAUCAAAAGAGAUCCCUGGUUUGACUCCGCGGCAGGUUCAAGUCUGGUUCCAAAACAGACGGGCAAAGCUUAAGCGUCUGACUAGCAAUGACCGCGAACGAAUGUUAAAGUCGCGGGCCUUGCCGGAUGACUUUGACACUACCCAGGUCUUACGAACUCCUUUUGACCACAAAUCCACAUCUGAAACACCGGGUCUACUGACCAACCCAAACCGUCCAAAUGACGAGGAGUAUGCCAUGUCUCCGAUGAGUGCGCCGUCGGCCGGUGGAGGCUACUUCCCACCCACCCCGGCCGCAGAACGACCCCAAGACGCUUAUGCCAUGGCCCCCAAUCGACCACCAAUUCCUACAUCACUGUCGGAUAUUCACCGAGCCGGUCGCGGUGCUUAUCCAUUCUCGCGAUCUAGCAGUUUCUCGGAUGCAUAUCCUGGUUUCCCGCAUAGCUACAGCCGGUUCUCGAGUCCCAGUACGGAAUCACUUGGCCAUGGACUGCCAUAUGGACGCCGGCCCAUGGACUACGGAAUCCCAAGACCUGCUAACGCCAUGGUUCCGGGGUACGAUCCCAACCGACCCAUUGAGGGUUCUGUCUCGCCUACCGAACAGCAGGAAGGGUCUAUUCCCUACAGCAUUGACCAGCAUGGUCACCAAGUCCCCAAUUAUCACCCAUCUAUGGCAAUGCCGCCCCCGAAGGGUUAUGGCGGAAUGGACAUCAACACGUCCAUGCAACCACCUCGCCAGAUCCCGGCCCUCCACUCCGUUCCUGUUUCGGAUUCUCCUGACUACCGACCCUACUCCUAUGACCCUCAGCCCUAUCCGUUGAAUAACAACAUCCCCUAUACACAAGCGAACACAGCUGGCAUGCCACUCCCGGCGACCUAUCCAUCCGACACGGGACAUAUGCCGCCGGCCACAGCUGAUGGCCGAAUGAACCCUCCCCAAAUAAUGGACCCCAUGAGGGCCAGAUUUGGAAGUCAAUCGUUGGACUAUGCCUCUUACCUCUAA